CCCCCCCCUCAAGAAUUCUUUAAUUAAUCACGAUCAGGGCACUAAUAAAAAAAAUUGGUAUCGAGGGAGAUGCUAUCUGUCUUUGACUAUAAAUCUGAAGCCAAGAUGUCUCAAGUAUGCAUUGCAAAAACAAGAGUACAAAUAAAAUGAUAACUAAGGUUUGGUUUUUGCUUAAGCUUCUAACGUUCCAAGGUCUUUUCACUUCACCUCCUCCGGAUCCAGGCUUUGAUUUCUUCUACCUUGCUCUUCAGUGGCCUGGAGCCUAUUGUGAUACAAAGCGUGCUUGUUGCUAUCCAACAACAGGUAAACCUGCGGCAGAUUUUGGCAUCCACGGUCUGUGGCCUAAUUACAACAACGGUUCGUAUCCAUCAAACUGCGAUCCCAGCAAUGAAUUUGAUCCAUCUGAGAUAUCGGAUCUUGUAAGUACUUUGCAAACGAAGUGGCCAACACUAUCUUGUCCGAGCAACGAAGGUUACAAGUUUUGGGAACACGAGUGGGAAAAACAUGGUACGUGUUCCGAAUCCGUAAUGGACCAACAUGGCUACUUUGAGAAAACUCUUGCACUCAGAGACAGAAUCAAUCUUCUUCAAAUUCUUACAGACGCAGGAAUCAAACCAAACGACGAAUUCUAUAAACUUAAAGACAUUAAAAAGGCGAUAGAAAAAGCAACUGGAUUUACUCCAGUAAUCAAUUGUAACAGAGAUCCGGAGAAAAACCGUCAGCUUCACGAGAUCUUACUAUGCGUCGAUAAAUCAGGAACUGAGUUUAUGGACUGUCCAAUGCCUACAGAUAGAUGUCCUUAUUCACAUAUCCAGUUUGCCAAAUUUUAAUUAUAUCUUUCUUUUAGUGUUUUGUUAUAAACUAAAUUUCACGUGGAAGCUAAAAUGUAAUGCUGUACACGCUACUUUUACUUUAUAAAAAUAUAAUAAGACAAGCUUUGGUGUGAUAACGGCAUGCAUGUCUAUAAAUUACAACGUAUUGUUUUAUUUAAUUUUGGAUUAAUUUGGAGUAUCUCAAGCUUAUAAAAUGAUCCAUACUAAUUUUUAAAGAGAGAUAUUCAUAGAUGGGUCUUCUUUGGGAAUGCAAAUCGUAUUGGUAUAAUAAUCUUUUUAGGAGGGCAUUCAGAUUCACUCACCAUCUCCAUCCAUUAGGACCCCUAAUGGGUACUUAAAAUUAAAUUAAUGUUUAAUUUAGUGAUUUGAAAGGUUUAGAACUUCUAUUAAUCUAUUUAAUUUUUUCAUACUCCAUUGGUAGAACCUUAUUGGAAUACUUAAAAAUUUUUUCUUUUUUAGGUUCGGUCACAACCACCACAGCUCCGGCUCCAAACGUGAACCAAGUCUCCACGUCAACCGGAGAAGAAAGAAGCUUCUAGUGUCGUCAAUCGUUGUAGCUUUCGCCCUUAUCCUUGCCGCCGCGAUUUUCGCCAGAGUCCGAUCAAAUGUCAACUCUUCCCAACACGUUCCAGGCCUAGCUCGGAAACCAAGCCAAGCAAUCUCAAAAGCCUGCGAGCCGAAUCGUUUCCCCGAGCUAUGCGUCGACUCACUCAUGGACUUCCCCGCCUCUUCCGCCAAAGAUCUGAUCCAUGUUACGUUGAACAUGACGCUACACCACUUCAGCCACGCACUCUACUCAUAUCUUCCUCCUUCUCCUUCCUCGACAUGCCACCGCGCUCCGCCUACGACUCAUGCCUCGAGCUGUUAGACGAUUCCGUUGACGCGCUCUCUCCUCCGUCGUUUCAGUCUCAACCGGCGAGACGAAGCCUCAAGACGUGAUGACGUGGCUGAGUUCGACUCUUACGAACCAGUAAUAGCACGCCACGUAGGGGUCCUUACCAAACCCAAAAAUACCAAUUUAAGUAGCGGUCCUCCGUUUUCUUUUCAAUUUUGAUUUAUUUUUCUUCCUUUUUUUUUAAGUACCCUUGCGUAAGAGCAUGAAUAUCGGUGUCCCUGGACCGAUAUCUUAGCCUUUUUGGGAUUUAAAUUAAAUGAAAAAGGCCUAAUAAUGCUUGGGACGAAAGAUGAAAGUCCCCGGUUAAGAACUUUUUUGGUCGUGUCCUUAGGAACACGUGGCAUCAAACAUUCACGUUUCUUUCUCUCUCUCUCGACGGAUCAACUUUUCUCCUUCUCUCGCGAAAGGUCGAUGACUCCGGCUCUCUCUGUUGUUUGUGGUGAGAAGAAAGAAGAACCUGACACCAAGGCUGUUGGAUCGUCGGCGGCAGGGGAUGAUGUAUCUUCUCCGGUGGAUGAUGUUCAGAAGAAGAUUCGACAUGCUGAGAGGUUUGGAGUUUCGGUGAAGCUAACCGAAGAGGAGAAGCGCAAUUCUCGUGCUGAGAUGUUAGAUUAGGGUUACGAAAGGCGGUGGUGGCGCAGUCGUACGCAAGGAUCUUAAGGGAAGGGGAGAAUGUUUUGAUUAAUCAUAUGACGGGGAAGGAGUAUAGGCUUAAGGCGAUUGGUGAUGUCGGGCCUGUGGUUGAUGCUGGUGGUAUCAUUGCGUAUGCGAGGAAAGCUGGGAUGAUUCCUUCCGCAGCUGCUUGAUUGAUUUAUCUGUGUCAGUGGGAGAACUUGGGUAGCCAGAUUGAGAAUUUUGAUUGUUCCGAGUUUCCUACGAGAAUUGCUGGAGAGAUCAAAUCAUUCUCAACUGAAGGAUGGGUUGCUCCAAAGCUUUCCAAACGGAUGGACAAGUUCAUGCUCUAUCUUCUCACUGCUGGUAAGAAAGCUUUGGCUGAUGGUGGUGUAACUUCUGAUGAAGUAAUGGCUGAGUUUAACAAAGCCAAAUGUGGAGUUUUGAUUGGCUCUGCAAUGGGUGGCAUGAAGGUCUUCAAUGAUGCUAUUGUAAGCGCUGAAGAUCUCUUACAAGAAGAUGAAUCCUUUCUGUGUACCUUUCGCCACAACAAACAUGGGUUCUGCUAUGCUUUCUAUAAAUUUGUCUUAGGAUCUUUUUAUUACUUGUCAUACAAGUUUGUGUCAUGAACUCAACAAUUAAUUUACUAAGAGACAACUAAAAGUCCCACCAGUAAUCACCAUUUUUACAAAAAGU